AGUUGGCACGCAUACCGGAAGCAGAUAGAAACAAGCAGGAAUUAGGCAACAGCAGAAGUUUUGACACAUUCUCACAGGCCUUUCUGUGAAAUAUUUUGCUUUUCCUUCAGUUUCUGUUAGCAGGUUGCUGCCAUGAGUCUUCAGUGGACGGCCGUGGCUACAUUUCUUUAUGCAGAAGUAUUUGCUGUACUACUACUGUGUGUCCCAUUCAUAUCCCCGAAAAGAUGGAGUAAAUUCUUCAAAUCCCGGCUGGUCGCUGUCAUUACGACGUACGGAAACACAGCCUUCAUUGUGAUCAUUUGUAUCCUCGUCUUUCUGCUCAUAGAUGCCUUUAGAGAAGUGAGAAAGUACAGUGUGACCGAGAAGGUUGACCUGAGCAACAACCCUGUGGCAAUCGAGCACAUCCACAUGAAGCUGUUCAGAGCUCAAAGAAAUGAAUACAUUGCUGGUUUUGCUCUGCUGCUGUGUCUGCUGUUGAGACGUUUGGCCACGCUGUUGUCCCAGCAGGCCACGCUGAUGGCAUCUAAUGAAGCUUUUAAGAAGCAGGCGGAGGGAGCCAAUGAUGCCGCAAAGAAAUACAUGGAGGAAAAUGAGACGCUGCAGGAGAAAUUGCGGGAGGCAGGCGUGGAGGUGCCUGAGGUGGGCGGAAAGGCCAAGACCAAUGCAGAGGAGGAUAAGAAGAAACUUGCUGAAGAGGUCCGACGGUUGAAGGAUGAACUCGAGGCAACUAAGAAAGCACAUCAGAAGGCCGACAGUGACGUGAAGGCCAUGAAGAAACAAGCAGAGAACCUCACGACAGAAUAUGACCGUCUGUUGGAGGAACACACCAGACUGCAGGACAAAUAUGAAGCUGAGCAGGAUAAAAAAUUCGACUAAACGGAGUCCAUAAUGCACCUGGCUUCUUUCCUGCAUCCACAUUGGCUGACAGCAGAUCCGCCGGGCUGCGUGUCGCUCCGCUGGCUGUUGAGUGUAAGCAGGGUUCUGGUCCUCAAAAAACGUGAUUUUUCUAUUCAAGCUUACAAAAAACAUUGUACAAUGGUUUCUUCUUGUUGUUGUUGCUGUGCUUUUCUGGUGUUUCAUUUUUAUUUCCAGAGCGUUGCUCAUAAAGACAACAUAACAUGUC